UGUUCGGCGCCGAGCGGCCAGUGUCGGUCGCGGGAUAGUUGUCUGACGAGUGCUGGGAGUUUCGGGCGCGGGGGAAGUGUGGGGGUUCGUUGGAAUGUCUUCGCCGCUGGUCGGAACGCAGAUUGUGCAGGUGUUCUAGGAAUGCCCUCCUCUGCAGCAUGCACAGCUCGGCCGCGAAGCGGUGGGUGUGUGCCAGUACGUGCUUGCUGCUGUUCCCGCCCCUGCACGCAGGCGUGGGGCUGUGGUUCGUGCGCAGCCCCGAGCCCCUGAUCGCCCCUCCAGGGGACGAGGUGGUGUUCGACUGCUCCCUGAACGUGCCCGCGGACCAGGUGCGGUGGCGACACGGCGCUCGCUUCCUCGACAGCUCCUUCGCCGCCGGCCACGGCUCGCGCAGCAACCGCCUGGUGGUCCGUGCCAAUGACGCCUCUGACACGGGGGAGUACCAGUGCGUGGCGUGGUUCGGGGCGGCUGCGCUGACGUCCGUGCCGGCCGGCCUCACGCUGGCGGAGCUGCGGCCGUUCCCUGGGGGCGAGGACCGCGUGUACCAGGCGUCCCCGGGCAACACCGUGGCCCUGCGCUGCGACGCCCCGCUCAGCCGCCCGCCCGCCAUCCUGCAGUUCCUCAAGGACGGCCGCAAGCUGCCAGUGAGGCCGUCGGCGCGGACGGGCGCGCUGGUGCUGUCCAACGUCACGCUGGAGGACUCCGGGCGGUACGGCUGCCUGGCCACCAACUACCUGACCGGCCAGACGGAGCGGCUGCCCUACUCCCUGGUGCUGAGCGUGGGCCACCAGGGGAGGGAGCCGCCCCGCUUCCUGUCCCCUCCCCCCAGCGAGUAUACCGUGCAGGCAGGUGGGUGCUGCCCCCGGCCAGACGGAGCGGCUGCCCUACUCCCUGGUGCUGCGCGUGGGCCACCAGGGGAGGGAGCCGCCCCGCUUCCUGUCCCCUCCCCCCAGCGACUUCACCGUGCAGGCAGGUGGGUGCUGCUCCCGGCCAGACGGAGCGGCUGCUCUACUCCCUGGUGCUGCACGUGGGCGACCAGGGGAGGGAGCCGCCCCGCUUCCUGUCCCCUCCUCCCAGCGAGUACACCGUGCAGGCAGGUGGGUGCUGCCCCCGGCCAGACGGAGCGGCUGCCCUACUCCCUGGUGCUGCGCGUGGGCGACCAGGGGAGGGAGCCGCCCCGCUUCCUGCCCCCUCCCCCCAGCGAGUAUACCGUGCAGGCAGGCUGGAACGUGACGCUGGAGUGCAGCGGGGUCGGGGAGCCCGUGCCAUCCGUGUCGUGGAGCAGGCUCGGGGCGGGGCUGCCCGCGGAGCGACUGCGGCUGGUGGCGGAGGGGCUGGCCCUGCGGGAGGUCAGGCGCUCCGACGAGGGCACCUACCUCUGCCGCCUGGGCAACGGCGUGGGCGCCGAACUCACCCACCGAGCCACGCUGCACGUGCAAGAGGCGCCGGUGGUCACGCGCGAGCCGGGCAACGCCGAGGUGGAGGAGGGGGGAGAGGUCACCCUGGCGUGCGAGGCGAGGGGCAGCCCCGCGCCGCGACUGUCCUGGGUGCUGAACGGGGAGAGUCUGGACAACGACUCCCACGCCCGCGUCUCAGGAGGGAGGCUGCGGCUGGAGCGGAUAGAGAAAAGGCACGCGGGCAUCGUCCAGUGCUUCGCCAGCAACGAGCUGGGCUCCGCCUAUGGCUCGGCCACGCUCCAGGUGGUGCCCAAGCAGGUCACGUCCCAGCCGGGGGCCGGCCCCUUCCCCGCCGACCCCGACGUGGAGGCGGCGGCCCCCCUGCCCCCGGCCGUGUCCGGGGCGAAGGGCUCCGGCAGGCACGACGCGGGCCACAAGGGCAAGGGCCGCAGGAAGCACAAGGGCAACGCGGUGAUGAUCCCGCCGUCGCGGCCCAACAUCACGCGGCUGACGGACUCGUCGGUGAUGGUGCACUGGAGCGUGCCGCCCAACAGCGGCCUGCCCAUCCAGUUCUUCAAGGUGCAGCACCGCGAGAUGCCGCGGCAUCGCGGCGGGGCCCGGGCCAAGGGCAAGAGCUCGCGCUGGAAGACCAGCAACGAGGACAUCGCCCCGCACGUCUGCAGCUACGAGGUGGACGGCCUGGAGCCGGACCGCACCUACAGGUUCCGCAUCGCGGCGGUGUACUCCAACAACGACAACAAGCUGGGGCCCAACUCGGCCCGGUUCCACCUGCACCGCGGCUCCCACCUCGAGAGCACCCCGCGGCUCGUCCGGACCGAGGCCGUCGGCGCCACGGCCAUCCGGAUCUUCUGGGAGUUCCUGGCGGCGUCCGGCCGCGUGGACGGCUUCUACGUGUACUACCGCGCGACCAGCAGCGCGGGCCAGUACGUCAAGGCCACGGUGGAGGGCCAGGGCGCGCGCUCCUUCAACAUCACGCACCUCGCUCCCGACACCGCCUACGACAUCAAGAUACAGAGUUUCACCAUCGGCGGCGCCUCCGACUUCAGCGCGAUCCUCACCAACAAGACCCUCGGCAGCCCGACGGAGCGGCCGCAGGUGGUGAUGGUGGGGGCGGCCGGCAGCCCGCAGCCCUCCGCCCCCGGCGGCCGGCUGUUCCUGGUGGUGGGGGCCGUGUCCGGGGGCCUGCUGCUCCUCGGCGCGCUGCUGCUGCUCGCCGUGCUGCUGCGCCGUCGCAGGGCCGCGCGCGACCGCCGCUCCCCAGAACGCGACGGCCAGCACGACAAACUGGGUGAGUCGCCUUCAGCCAUAACACCGCCUAACGCAUACGCCACAAACUUGCUAAACGGCUCGCUGCCUCUUAACGGCUACCAGCAGGGUAACAAAAUGAACAUCACAACUAACCCUCUGGCCGACGCGGAUCAGAACAAGAUCCAGAACGCGGUGGAGAUGUCAUUCCUGUCGAGCCGCAACAAUAACUGCUCGUCGGCGAGCGAGGCCAGCAGCGGGGUCGACGCUGACGGCGGCCCGUCCGAGGACGAGGGGGCGGCCGCCCAGGAGAACUACGUCUGAAGCCCCCGCCCCGGGGCCCAGUAUUACCGGCGUGCCGUCGGCGGCAUGCCGCGCCCGUGUUCACUAAUCCCGCUGCGUUCCCGGUGCACUGGCCCCGCCUGCUGCGAGACAGCACACACCGCUCCGUCAAAUUAAAUAAAUAUUGUUACGCAGAACUGACCCAAGUGGAAACAUUUUUUUUAAAUUUUAAUUCUGCAUCAUUCGAUCAAAAAGCCGUUUCUUUCUCUCUGCUCGUAGAUCUAUUUUCCAGCUACCUUAAAGGAAAUUGGUAUGACGAUAUCCUGCAGCAUACUUUUAUUAGUUACUGCUCAGAUUAGUAGACUAUGCUUACAUAAUUGUUGCAUGAAUUACGAAGCAAAAAUUGCUUCAUCAAUUCUGCCUGUCAUGGGCAUCAGUCCCAGGGGAGGCCAGGGUCCCGGAAUUAAGAAGUUCCGCUUGCACUUACAAAACCGUGACUGUGAAAAAGUGGGUUUAUAAACGUAAAUUUCUGUAUAUUUUACAGUUUUAUGCUUAUUGCAUGAAUGUAGGCCAACAUGAUGGCAGUAUGCAACAUACAAGCACCCUAUCCAGGGAUGGCUUGUGUAGGUUAAAACCCACGUGUGAAACUCUAGGGGCACAUGUGCACCCCUGCUGCCCAUCACUACGAAAUGGCCCCGGAACUCUCUAUCGUGUCUUUUUUUUGACGCUCACGCAGGGACCGUAGCGGGGAAGAUUGUCGCCACAGUCGUGGGCUGCUCUCUGAAACGACGAGUAGCUCGCCUGUUCGACCUCCACUUCAGCUCUCACUGUCUCGCAGCAGGCCGGUAGCCAGUACUUACGGGAAUUCAGUUUCCAUGGUUGUGUUAAAAAAAAUUUAUUUCACUAUAUGUAGUGCAGUAGUUAUCUGGAGGACACGCAACGCACUGUUCUUGUGUUCGUUUUGUACAUUUAGUGUAAAUAUUUAUAGAGUUAUUUUGUGUAGAAGCAGUUUUCAAAUGAGUUUGGUGCAAUACAAAACUAACAUAAAAAUUUUUCAAGGCUUAUGUUAAAAAUUACAUUGUUCAUUGUGCAGUUACUUUUUGGGAACUUAAUUCAGACCAUUUUAGAGUUUGAAUUAAAUUGCCAAACGUCUGUGAAGUUAACUGUAUCAGAUUUCAGGACCUCAUUAAGUCACCUAAUUCAAUUUAUCUUCGAUACACAACACAGCUCACUGGCUAGCCACAAAGGGUGAGAUAUUUUCUGGCUUUAAAGUUUGAUGAACUUCACUGAUGUAUCUGCAGUUACAUAUUGCGCAGCUUCAAAAGUUACAGAAUUUUCUCUUUGCAAACUUUAUCAUUAACAGAGACUUUAAAAAAAAAUUGCAUUUGAACGAAUUCAAAAUUAAGUUGAUAAGCUUAAAAAUGAUAACUUAAAUUCAUGCCUGUUUUAAAUAGAAAACAGAUGGAUGUAACAAUAUAAAAAAAAAGAUUAAUUUGUUGAUUGGAUUCUAGAAUAACUAAUUCAAUACUCAAAAAUGUGCAGUUUUGUGAUAGCUUGAAAGGUCAUAGCUUGUCCCUUCCCUAACGAAUUACAUUUCGCGGGCUUGGUUUUUUGCCCAAAAAAAAAGUGUUUAAUUUUAAAUUGAGAACCCGGUUAACCAAAUGCACGGACAAUCGAGGAUCUACUGUAAUUGCAUUAUUUAAACAUUUUAACCCAUAAGAAAUAUUUUUCAACUACGUAGUAAAUUUGAUACAGUAAACCUUAUGCAUUCGCUGAUGGUACACCACUCUUUUGUGGUUCUUUGUACUUGUCUGUUUUUUGCACUGUAUCUCCGUGGUCUCUAGGCUAGAAGAAAAAAAAAAAAAGGUUUGCUGUAAUAAUUAUGAAAAAAUCUGCACUCCUGGUUGACAACUAUAAAGCACAUAUCUCAAUGUGAAGACAUGCUUGACUGAUAGAGGGGGGCAUAACAGGAACUAUUAGCUUUAAAUCUUGCCUUAGGUUAGGAGUACUUUUGUACUUAAUUCAGAACAACAUCACUGGUGUUGCCAUAUGUAAUACUGCCUGUAAUAGUGUGUGUUUGUAUGGAUGAUUGUUCAAUUACUUUAGUUGUGUACAUCGGGAAGAAAUGACAGUAUUUACGAAUGUUGGGUUGUUAGUUCAGUGAAUAGGUUUUCUUUGUUUGUUAAAUAUCUAGUGAAUUAAUAGUAAAAAAAAAAUUCACACUGCUGCCUGCAUUAGCACACAAACUCCACAGAGGCUGUGGUUGAAGAUGUGGAAACAUGUUGUAACUCCAUCCAAAUUGUGAAAUUUCUGUCGUGGCAGUUGAAGGUAAAAAUUUCUGUCGUGGCAGUUGAAGGUAAAAGACUGCAGACACACAAAAGUUUUACUAAUGCACAUAUUUCUCGUUAACAUAGCCUAGAUUUAAAUGCAACUGUAAAUGCACCCUAGAAACCAUUCAUCUUGCAGGUUGGUAGGCUUGAAGCACCUGCAAAUACAGUGCAAGACUUGUCGUGUGAAUUAACUUGUAAAUAAUCCACUUUUGUAACAAAUUUUUUUUAUGAUUUCCAAGAUUAAAGAUAUAUUUAUUAUUUUUCUUAAA